AUGUAUGAGUCGAGCGAACUGCUCCACUUGAAUGCUAAAGAGUUUCAUUUAAAAAACUGUAAUAUUCCAAAAACUAAUUUUAAAACGAAAAAUGAUCAUUUAAUAUUUACGGUAGGAACAAUUUGUUAUUUGAUAAGCAAUAAGGAGAAAGGAUCUAAUUUGCGCGAAAUUUUCGCGGAAAAUAACGAAAACGAAGCGCCAGCAAUGAAUUGCGAAAUAAGUGAGGAAAUUAUCAAAUGUUCAUCCGGUAAUGGUCAUGCACUUUUAUUGAGUAGUCUCGGAGAAGUUUAUAGUUUGGGUAAUGGUAACCAUGGCGAAUUAGGCCGAGGCUCCUUCGAUAACCAAGAAAUACCAAAAAAAAUCGAAUUUUUAAGUUCAUUAAAAAUCAUUGACAUAGCAUGUGGUUCAUGGCACAGUAUUGCCUUAUCAGAUGAUUAUAAUGUUUACGUUUGGGGUUGGAAUAAUUUUGGACAAUUAUCAAAUAUUUCUUCCUUGGUAAAUAUUCCAUAUCCGUUGGAGAUUGAUGAUGAGAUUAUUGCUGUUGACGCUUAUCGAAAUUGUACAUUGCUGUAUACCGCAAAUAUGACUGUUAUUUCUUAUGGUUCCUUUGUAUUUCAUAAUAAUCCGAAUUUCUUUUAUUUCUUUUUUUCGAAGCAGUUUCAUUUUCGGUCACUUUUAUUUUUUUAA